ACUUUUUAUUGCAGUCAUCUUUAAAUAGCUCAAUACUCACCAGUACCGUAAAUCACUAACCAAUUUAGGUUCACGUUAGGUUGGUACUUAGCUUUGUUGUGACUGUUGAUAUAUUUGAAAAAAAGUAAUGUCAGUACGCCGGCCAUGACGGAGUGGUUACAAGGAAAACUGGUUCGUCUCGGCGAACUAAAUUCCGUUGAAGAUAAAAAGGAUAUUCUCUCGGAAAUUAAAAUCAAACUGGGAAGUUUGAAUAACAGAGAAUCUGAACAAAUCUCUCGAAAUUUGAACUUCGGUCAGUUGUUCGCUCAGUUAACCUCGAACGACAGAGAUUUUGUAAACGAAAUAUGCGAUAUUUUGAAGACGUUGUUUUCGUUGUCAGAGCCUGGCGAAAUAUACGAGAAAUAUUCAAUUCAAAUGUCUCAGUUGAUAACUCAUCGUGAUGCUGUAGUUAGGUCGCUUGUGCUGCAUGAAUUCCUAUGCGUUGCAUCGAAUCCACAAGCGAUAUCUCUGUUACUUAAAGAUAUAAGUAUACUAGUUGAUAUUAUAAAUAGAAUUGCAGAUGAUAAUUUGACGGUAGCUAAGUGUGCAAUGUGUAUAAUGAAGGAAAUUGGGAGAAAUCCGAAUGGAUUGAAAAUUAUAUAUACCGGUGAACUAUUAAGGAGCUUCGCUAGAUUAUUAUCACAGAGUGACACAAUUAGUUUCCGUGUAUACGAAGUUGUUGUGAACAUAGCAAAGUCUUCAAAACAAGGAUUAGAAGCAUCCGCGCAAUCUGGUUUUCUAAACAGUUUAUUAAGUACUCUGGAAAGUGAAGACAUAUUGCUUCAAGUAAAUGCAUUAGAAAUCUUAACACAAUUGGCAUUGACAGAGGAAGGACUAAGUUAUCUGGAGCAUCAGGAAGUAUUGAGAAAACUGGUUCAAGAAAUAGCUCAGGCCAAUGAAAAUCCUCUAUCAAAUCUGUUAAUUCCUGGAUUAAUGAAAUUCUUCGGGAAUGUUGCACGUCAUUGGCCUAAUGAAAUCUUUUUAAAAUAUCCAGUUGUAGUCUCUGCAUUAUUCGAAGUAAUAGAGAAUGGGGACCAAGCUAUUCUCGGUGUUGCACUGGACACAUUGGGAUAUAUUUCUGCAAGCGCAGAAGGCAAAUAUGCUUUGCAGGCUUUGGGAGAUGCAAUGCCAGAUGCUCUAAAGAAAAUUUCUGAAGUUAUAGAGAGAAUGCCUACAGCACUGAGAAUUCGUGGACUUGAAAAUUUAGCUCGUAUACUCGACGUGAAAAAGUCAGAACAGGAUAACAGAAUUUUAUCCUUAACAAAAUCAUGGUUCGAUUCUCUUUGCGACGACCCAAUGAAUAUGAUCGUGUCGAUCUGUAGGCAACCUUUCGCAGACAUCAGACAAGCAGGUUUAGAAGUAUUGACGGUUGUGGCGUCGCAAGUGUGGGGCCAGGAGUACAUAUCUUAUUUCCCAGGCCUAGUAGAGUUUUUAUUGGACAGAAACAUUGAAAGUUUUAAGGAGUGUAAGGAAGCUAAAUACGAAGUUGUCAAACGCUUGACUCAGGCUGAAUCGAAUAUAUUUGAUGCAUGCACAAUGGAGAAGUUUGUAGAGUUUGUGGAUCAAGGACCUCAUUAUGUUGAAAUCCGUACUGAAGUUGCAACGGAUGGUCUAUAAAGCAUUUUACACUUGUUAUUCCAUUAUAAUACUACAAGUUACUAAUACCAUUCAGGGGAACUUCCAGUGAUCAUUUUUACAAGAAGCAAAUGCAUAUUUUAUACACGUGAUGAAGAAAUGAAACAUUUUUGAACGGUCAAAGUAAACAAACGUAAAAAGACAAAUAAUUUAUUUGAUGUUUAACAAUACAUACGAAAGGUUAAGACUA